AUGGGUCUACUAAUUUGGGGUUUUAUGUUUUUUGUUGGAUGCUAUCAUCAUCCAAUUCCCACUUAUUAUGCAAAAAGAAUGAGUUAAAAGGACAAAUUGAUAUGGAGGUUUAGAGUUAUUAAUGCUUAUCAUGGAGGUUUAGCUUUUAUUGGUGGAGUAAUUUGGUACAUUACUUAAUUAGACACAUCCUGUACUCGUAAAAAUAAUACUUAUGAACUAAUGAUGCUUGCUAAUACUUCCUCUUAUUUGGUUAUGGAUGGAAUUUUUAUGUGGACUGAAGGUUUCCUGGAUGGAGGUAACCUUAUGCAUCAUGUGUUUGGUAUCAUGGGCUAUUAUGCUAUUGCUUACUUUUAGCAUGACUACACUCAUAUGGCAUUGCAUAUGGUUCCUGCUGAAUUCUCCAAUGUUCCUAUGCACAUGAGAGAAAUAUUAAAGAGAAUGGGAAUGAGAUAUACUUGGAGUUAUUACAUCAAUGAUUUCGCAUACUAUCUAACUUACUUCAUGUGUAGAGGCUUUUGGAUUCCCUCUGUUUAUUACUUUAUUUUCACUUGCAAAUCAUCGAAUCCAGUAACUUUAGUAAUUUACCCACUGCAUGUAAUAAUGAGCUGGUAUUUUUGCUCAUUUAUCCCUGCAAUGGCUUAGCAAAGAAUAGAUGAGAUUAAUAAGAUAAAUUAAGCUUAGAUUGAAAUACCUUGGAUUGAACCUGCAAACUCUAAAAAGCUUGAGUCUAUUGGUGUUACACCUUUCGAAAUUUAUUAUACUUGA